AUGCGAAGUCUCCUCUUCUCAUUGGGGGCUUUGGUCCCCUUUGUCGCCUCCCCUUCCGAAGCCAAGGAAAACUGUCCGCUCUAUGGCCCGUUGUUUCCGCGUCCCACGAACCUUAUUCAGGACGCCACCAUCAAAGCAGUGGCGUCAACGCUCGACAAUGUCUUCGUCGAGCACAUCGACAACGACACUAGCACGGGCUCGGAGAGGUACUCGUACGCCGUCGAGGUCUUCACGGGAAGUGAGGAUAAGCCGCUGUGGGCACACUACUGGACGGCCCCGAGUCUGAAGAACUUCAACUCCACCGGAGUGUCCAAGGUGGAUGGCAAUACCGUCUUCCGUAUCGGUAGCGUCACCAAGAUCUUCACCGUGCUCACCUUCUUGGCGACGGUGGGCGACGGAAUCUGGAAUGAUCCUAUCACCAAGCACCUGCCCGAGAUUGAAGAGAUCAGCCGCAACGCAUCUGGGAACCCCAUACUCACCACUGAUUGGGAGUCCAUCACAGUCGGCUCUCUAGCGAAUGCCCUGCUCGGCGAGCUCAGCUACCAGAUCAAUCUGACCAACCUCUACGACAUGGGCUUCCCACCCCUGAACGCGUCGGAGUACCCUCCGUGCGGAACGUGGCCCACGUGUGACAGGAAACAGCUGUUUGCAGGCCUGGCGAAGCUCCCGCCAUCGUUCCCACCGUUCGUGACCGCGACAUACUCCGACAUUGGCUUCGUGCUGCUCUCAUACGUGGCCGAGCGCAUCACCGGGAAAGACUUCAAGACGCUUGUCAGGGAGACGGUUCUGGAACCCCUGAGCCUGAAGCACACGUUUGUAGAGGUGCCGGAGGAUUCUCUGGGUAUCAUCCCCGGGACUAGUCGUUCAAAGUCCUGGGGUUUUCAGCUGGCAGAGGAAUCGGCGACCGGAAACAUGUAUUCCUCUUCGGGGGAUAUGGCCUCCCUCGGCCGGGCCAUCCUGCGGUCGACGCUCCUCAAGCCAGCCAUGACCCGCCGCUGGCUGAAGCCGUCGUCAUUCAGUUCAGACCCAAAGGCAUUGGUUGGCAUGCCGUGGGGCAUCAGACGGAUUCAGCUGGCAAAGAACCAGACGUACCAAUUCGUCCACACCUUCAACAAAGUCGGCAGCCUGGGCGCCUACAGCUCCCUCCUCGCCAUCAUCCCCGAGCUGGACAUCGGCUUCAGCGUCCUUGCCGCGGGCGACGCCCCCGCGGGCCUCACGACCGCCAUCGCCGAGACGCUCGCCGACACCUACGUGCCCACGCUCUCCUACCUUGCCCGCGCCCAGGCAAACGCCACUUUCGCAGGCCACUAUCGCCAUGCGAGCCUGCUGUCCAACAACUCAACGUCCGUCCCACAGCAGCCGCCCUUCGCCAACACCACCACCACUACUACUACCCCUCCUCCUUAUUCCAACGGCAGCAGCAGCAGCAGCACAUCACCACCACCACUCCCCUUACUGAACUCCUCCCUAACCAUCACAAUCGACCAAACAGCCCCCGGGCUGGGCGUGACCGGCUGGCUGUCCAACGGCACCGACAUGGCACGCCUAGCCGUAGCCAUCAACAACAACGUCAGCGCGGCCUACCUCGACCGGCUCUCCCCGAGCGUGCGCCUGUACCCGACCGGUCUGGAAGACCUCCUCGUCGUCACUGAUAGUGAGAGUGCUAGCACUAAUAAUACAGGAGCCAGAGAAGGCAAGAACAAGAAGAAGCGGGUUGCGUUCAAGGCUGUGUUUGAGGACAUUGCUCCGGCCGGACUCGAGAAGGAGGAGGAGGGAUUGAGUUUUGUGACGGAUUGUGCCACCUGGGUUGGGGUCACGGCCGUUGUGUAUGCGUCGAAGCCGUUGGAUUUGUUUGUGUUUGAGUUUGACAUGGAUGGGAAGGUGGUUGCCGUGGUUAAUGAGGCGCUGAGGGUGCGGUUGGAGAAGGUUGAUGAUCAUGAUGUUGAUGGUUGA